UCCCAACGUGCACACCACAAAUCAAUUCCAUUGCUCUCUUCAUAUAUAUACACUCUCAUCAUCACCACCAAGCUUACCAAAGUCAUAAAACCUAGCGUUGCUAGCAUUGCCCCCUAAAAAUCAAACAAAAACAUAUGGGGGAACCAAAACCACAACCGCGGCCGCUGCCUCCAUCCUCACCGCGGUCUCAAAACCCGGAAGCGAAGUCAUUCCCAGCUGUUGCGAAUGCACAAUCACCACCUGCCAUCUCCCUCCAACCCGCAUCAAACAAAAAAGGACCCUCAAAAUCCAGAAAAAUUUUCCUGCGCUUCCGUGCUGUUUUCCGGUCGUUUCCCAUCAUAGCACCGUCGUGCAAAAUCCCGGUCUCUCUCCACCACGGGAGCCGGACCGGGGAAGGACACAUCCACGGUGGUAUCAGGAUGACUGGAACCCUAUUUGGGAACCGUAAAUCUAGGGUGAGCAUUGCAAUCCAAGAAAGCCCCAAGUGCCUCCCCCUUCUCGUAAUUGAGCUAGGGAUUCCCACAGGAAAGCUUCUCCAGGACAUGGGAGUCGGGUUCGUGAGAAUAGCCCUCGAGUGUGAGAAGAGACCAGGUGAUAAGACAAAGAUCGUCGAUGAGCCCAUAUGGAUGUUGUAUUGCAAUGGGAAGAAAUCGGGGUAUGGGGUUCGGAGGGAAGCGACGGACGAUGACUUGAGUGUCAUGCAAGUAUUGCAUGCAAUUUCUAUGGGAGCCGGGGUAUUACCAAACGACGGCGACGAGUUGCCGGACGGUGAGUUCAUGUAUAUGAGAGCACAGUUCGAGCGUGUGAUCGGGUCCAAGGAUUCGGAAACGUACUACAUGUUGAAUCCCGAUGGGAAUAAUGGGCCUGAGCUCAGUGUGUUCUUCGUAAGGGUCUAGUCAAAUCUGAGGAACGAUUACAUUAUUGAAAAGGACCCUUUCUCUUUGUACAAAGAGGAGAACAGGGUCCGGCCGGCCAGUGAUAUGGAAAGCACGAUUUUGGGGAAACUAAUUAAGACCCCUAGGUUUAAUUUCUAGGGUUGCAUUGGGUUUGUGGACCCUACAAUUAGGCAUAAUCGAGGGUUGAAAUAGGAAAUAUGUAUAGUGUUGAAGAUUCUUGAAUCAAAAGGCAUGCAGCUUUUUCGUCAUGUAAAAUGCAAUUUACUCAAGUUUGUAACUAUUGUCAUA